GCCCCCAGCCGGCGUCUGACCUGUGCGCCUGCGGCUGUGGCUGAAAUGUUUUGGGCCGUUUCACUUCGACACAUUUUCAUUCGGAGUACAUUCGGCUCAAAUUAUUUUUAAACAUAAAAUGUAGGAGAGUAACGCAGAGGCAAAACAGCCGUAGCCGUACCGGUACCAUUUACGGUGACGCUCAGGUAGGCGGCAAGCCAGUCGUUCCGUUAUCCGGAGCGUUUUCACCCGGACCGCCGCUGCCGUAAACCUCAGAAAACGGCUCUUCUCAGAUCCCUCUCCCCCCCAGCAUUACCAAGGACCAGUCUUCCUGUGACGUCUUUGCUAGCCCGCGCACAGAAUCCCAUCCUCGCACUCCUGAUGGCGGAUGAAAACGCGGCGCUGGAUCUUACCACCAGGAAGGACCAAAGGCAGCCGCGUGGCCAGGUGGUUGUGGAACCUGGCGCAGGAUUUGCUGUGGACGACUCAGGUGUACCCAAUCCCGAGAGAGUUUCGCGAGAGACGCAGACCCCAUUGCCACGUGCUCCGACAGCAACCAACAGUGGCCGCGUCCUUACGGAUGCAGUAUUACAGACGCAAAGGGACACCAUCACAGCAAUGCAGGAGAUGACGAGAGCUCCGGGAAAUGAGAAGACUACUAGGCGAAAUAUCUAUUUCAUUAAAGGAUCUUGCUGGGAGCGAUGUGGCCUGGGCUGUACAGGGCUGCUGAAGAACAGUCUGUCGAAAUACAGGAGAAACCAUGCGCCUCGCUCUCAAACAUGGAAAAGACGCAGGAAAAGUUCUUCAGUGAUUUCAGAUGAGUUCUAAGCUUUCCUUUUCAGAAUAAAAAUGUUUGAAUAAUUUGGUCUGAAUAAUACAAAAUAAAUAUUUGGAGGAAAAGUGCCAAGUGAGUAAUUUAAUAUAUUUUUAAGAUAUUUAAGGCAAAUAUGGAGAUGUUUAAACACUGUACUGCUGGUGUGUUGAUGGCAGCAAGGAUGGAGUCAGGACAGAUGGGAUGGGGUCAAGGAUAGACACCAUGCUUGUGCACCUCUCUAGGCUAUACAUCUACGUCAGCCUGCGGGGGAGCUCCCAAUGACUGAGGAACUCUUGCGGUCAGAUGCAUCAGCUGCCUGGACUAGGAGCCAAAGAAGGAGGCUGCUGUUCAAGGGCAAAGAUGGAAGGCAGCAGAGGACCAGCUAGAGGCACUCAGACAGAAAGGGAAGGCCCUGCUAGAAGUGUCUCUGAGUCUGGACAAAGAUGCUGACAGCUUCCAACUGAGGAGCAGACAGGACAGACAGGAAGACAGAACCAUGAGGAGGAGAGUCCUGGUCCGCCAUUGGGAGCACGCCAAGGAUGGGAUUCUGCAGAGGAGCUGGCGAAGACUCACAAGGAGGCAGGCAGGCUUUGGUCCUUGGCAACGCUGGCGGCAAGGCAGUCCUGAGAAGAGCUGGUUUCUGAGGCAGGACGCUGAGAGUAUGACGCUGACAAGAGGAUCCUUCACUUACUCCAGCGGGGAGGAGUACCACGGCGAUUGGAAGGAAGGUCGGAGGCAUGGGCUGGGUCAGCUGAAGUUCUCUGAUGGCACGUGUUACACAGGACAGUUCGAGAACGGCCUGUUCAACGGCUGUGGGGUCUUGGCUUUUCCUGAUGGUUCCAGGUAUGAAGGCGAUUUUGUACAGGGGAAGUUCCAGGGUGUCGGGGUCUUCAGUCGAUUUGAUGGAAUGAAGUUCGAAGGAGAGUUCAAAGGCGGACGGGUGGAAGGAUAUGGGCUGCUCACAUUCCCAGAUGGGGCUCAUGGAGUGCCACGCAGCGAGGGACUGUUUGAGAACAACAAACUGCUGAAGCGGGAGAAGUGCCAGGCGGUGGUGCAGCGAGCGCGGAGUUCGGCGUCCGCGGCCCACAGCUUGUCUCUGUGAGCGGCUGAGACCUUUGCUCACAGAUGGAUGACAGGGUAGCAGACUCCCCCGCUUUGCACCGUGCCACACAGCCCUGCCGCCUCUGUUCUCUAACACCCUUAAGCACUGUCCUCUGCAUAUUCUGACAGGGCUGAGCUGCUCUGCAGCCUACCUGUUUUUGCCCUGGAUUUCUUGAGUCAUUUUAGCUCUGGUUGCCACCUGAAGUGCACAGAAGAAAGCAGCUUUGUACAACUGUCUGGAAGGAGUCCCUGCAACCGGUGCUGUCACCCAUCUCUGAUCGCGGCCGUCUGUAAAUGCAGAAAACCAACAUGCUGCAGAUCUGCUGAGACCGAACAGGUCUGUGUCACGUGCAGUAUUGCUUAUCUGGAUCAAUCUGCUCUAAGUUCCUUGCAAUGUAGUAUUGCUGAACCUGAAAAUCAGAAUAGGAUGACAGGCAGCACACAAGGUGAGGAUGGUUGCGGUUGACAUGGGGACACAAACCAUCCAGUAUAAGUAAAGAAUUAGCUAGCAUAUUUUAGAAACAUCUGGAUAGCAUCUUAUAAAUGAAUAUUCUUUAGCUGCUUAAUGUAAUGUACCAUUUAAAAGGGAGGAAUUUCAACAUUUAUUCAAUGACAAGUGUGUGUAAAUGUUACGUCGUCAGCAGUGGAGUUGUGUGCUUUUUUCACAUUUCACUUUGCCUUAAUCAAAUUGGCCAUUUCUUUACACUGAAGCACUGAAUGGUGGUGGGUCAAUAGACAGUGGACUGUAGCCAACUGGUUUAAGACAGUGUUUCCCAAUCCGGUCCUCAGGACCCACAGAAAGCCCACAUUUUUGCUCCCUUUCAGUUCUCUACCCGAAGCAAAAAUAUGGACUGUCUGGCAGAGAGCUUAGAGGGAGCAAAAAUAUGGACUGACUGUGGUUCCCCCGAAGACCUGAUUGGGAAACACUAAGGGAAUCUGGAGACAUGUGGUACUGCGAAAGAAAUGCAUGCUGAUGCAAAGAAAAUAUCGAUGUGAUCCUGGCCAACAAGUGGCUGUGUCCUUACAUAACUAUACACUGUAGCUACUGAUGAAUGGCAAUCAUAAUAGCAUCCACACUGGGGACAGCACCUGGCAAUCAAAGAAACCUGUUCAGCUCUCCACAUGCAUGUCACAUACUCACAGAACUUCACUGCAGUUUUCAAGGUCUUUGUAUCUGCUUCUGUCAGAUCUAUGAACUUGCCUUAUCCAUCUAAGUGUCUCUGCCUGGUUUCUCUAACAGAAACUCCCAUCCCAUGACAUCCGUUGGGUAACGGACACAAAGGUCACAAUGAAAUAUGCAAUUGUUAGAUGCGCUCUGACAUUCAGACGUUCGUGAUGUUUCUCACGGUAUUAAUAACUCACAUGUUUCUGAGCAGAGAGACCUCGUAUUAAGUAGUUACGGUUAGAAAUGAGGGAGGUUAUUAAAGGCAUACAAAAUGUAACUAGUUAGACCCUGAGGUGGAUCAGAAAUGACCCAGUUGUCAAAUGAGAGUCUACAUGUAUCAGUGUUAAUGGUGCUGAGUGCAGCAAUAAUGUACUGCCAGCAGUGAAGGGAAGCACACUGACCACCGUGAUGGAAUACUUCAAAGUCCUGUGCUAGAUCUCUGCUUCUAAGUCACUUUAAGUGUUCUUUCUUUCACUGGGACAUUUUAAGAAUUACUGUGACUCUGUAUGGUGUCUCACAGUCCUUCUUUACUGGUUUGCUUUUUGAUUUUAGCUCAAUUUGUACUCUAUCAUCUAAAUGUCCACAAAAAGCUUUAACAAUGCAAGAACCAUACAUAAGUGCUACUAUUACCUAGUUAUUACAAAAUGAUGACUAAUGUGAGGCUUUUUCAUAUCUGUGAAACUUCAAAGGCUUGACAAUGACAUUUUGGCAUCCCUGUAUGGAAAAUUGUAACAUACAUGGUUCAGCUUAUUGUUGAAAAACUGAAAGCCUUCCACCAAUGAAAAUAAAGUAAACUUUAUAA